AUGCGCUGGCUGACGUCGGGGGAGCAUGAGUACGAGCAUUUUUUUUUGGCCGAUGGCCGUGGUGCCGCCCCCCACCACGAUGCCGCCCCGGGCAACCGCCCGUGUCGCCCGUAUCUAAAACCGCUACUGGAUGCUGCGUGCCCUCUUGAGACAGUGAGUGAUGUACAGGUCCUUGAUGGAGGGAAGAGGGUGUCCCAUGAUAUUUUGGGCCAUAUUAAUGACCCUCUGAAGUGCCUUUUUGUGUGCCAUGGUGCAGCUGGAGAACCAUACACAGAUGCAGUGUGUCAGCAAACUUUCAAUGGAGCGACAGUAGAAGACAAUCAGCAGCCCCGACUUCAGGUCCAUUUUUCUGAGGAUUCUCAGAAAGUGGAGAAGCUGUUGGGUGUUCUUUACAACUGCCAAGACUCUCUGGUGCCAGUGAACAUAGUUCAACUUGGUGAACCGGCAACCUUAACCUGUGCUUUACCGAAAGAGCUGAGCAGCAAAGCAAUCUACUGGUACAAGCAGAACAUUGGAGAAACUCUUAAAUUAAUAUUGGCACUGUAUAAAAAUACACCACCGGAAUAUGGUCCUGAAUUUUCAAAUUCAAGAUUUAAUGUAAAUAAUGAUAAAAAUUUUAGCAACUUGAUCAUUCUGAAGACAAUCCAAGAGGAUGAGGGAAUCUAUCACUGUGGAAUCACAGAGUGGAUUAAUGCUGAAUGGAGUGGGACAUACCUGUUAGUAAAAGGAAACAUUCAGAGGACAUCAAACUACUCUGUUGUCCAGCAGCCGACAGCAUCAAAACCGGUCCGUACAGGAGACACAGUGACUCUUGAGUGUUCAGUCCUCUCUGAGUCUCAGAAUGAGGCAUGUCCAGGAGAUUAUAAUGUCUUUUGGUUCAGAGCAGGAUCACAAAAAUCUCACCCAAACAUCAUCUACUCUGAUGGAAAUAGAAAAAAUGAAUGUGAGAAAAGAUCAGAGACUCAGAAAAACUGUGUUUAUCACUUCUCUAAAAAUAUCAGCGCUUUUGAUGCUGGGACUUACUACUGCGCUGUGGCCACAUGUGGGGAGAUAUUAUUUGGAAAUGGAACUUCAGUGGAACUUGGUAUGAUUAUGAAUUAA